CAAUUUCGCCAUGAAAACCUUGUGAACAUGCGGGAGGUAUUACGGUUCAAGAAGCGCUUGUAUGUUGUCUUUGAGUACAUUGACCGAACAGUUCUGGAAGACCUAGAAAGAUACCCUCGUGGUUUGGACAGCAAACGCCUCAGAAAGUACAUGAUCCAAAUUCUAGCAGCCAUGGAUUACCUUCACACCAGCAAUGCAAGUAUUCUCAUGUCAUAGACUCAGCCUAGUGAGUUUACAGGAUGUAAAACACAUAAUGUCAAGAGGUCAAUCAGCUGGUGUAAAGUGGGUUGAACAAUCUUGUAAAGAGUUACAGCAUACACAAAAGUUGGGAUGACAAAGAAACUUCAUGACAGUAAAACAGUAGUUCUUCACUGGCCUGAAAUAUGCAACAUUUCUCAACAGAUCUUUCCCAGAGACGUCAAACCGGAGAAAGUGCUUGUGUCUAACUCUGGGGUGGGGAAGCUCUGUGACUUUGGGUUUGCCAGAACCUUGGCACCGACUGGGGAGCCUUUCACAGACUAUCUGGCCAUGUGGCCACGAGGUGGUACAGAGCCCCAGAACCUUUAGUGGCAGACACCACUUACAGCAAGUGGGUAUCAAGCAGAACCAUGGCUAUCAGAGCAGUGUUGAAACUUGUGUGAAUGUAUUAUGGAAUAAGACCACAGUAAUUACAAUGUCAUACCUUCUAAGGGUUCCUCAUUAUUUUGGUACAGGUCUAUCACGUUUCUUUCGUCUGUGUUUUUUGAUAGAGUGCUGAUAGAUUCUCUGAACCUUCUUUAUUAGACCUGUAGAUGUGUGGGCCAUUGGCUGCUUGAUUAUAGAGAUGGCUACCAGCAAUGCUUUUCUGAUGGGGACUUCUGACCUGGACCAGGUGCAUAAGAUAGUCAGCAAAGUGGGUAAGUACUGCCCAAUGGGUGUAGUAGCUUGAGAGCCAAUCUGUUUGUGCUAUCAUAUCAACUCCUUGUCACUCACUGUCAUGCCAUAUUUGGCUUGACAAUGACUAAUAAGCAACGGAGUUGGCAAGAGCACAAACAGAGCUGGGACCAACAACAAAAGAUCACCCUUGCCUUUCUUGCACUAACACACACACUUUUAUUUUCUUAAUAGCACUGACUUUCCUGAUAGCUGCUUUAUUGAGGAAAAAAUGGCUUACUAUGGAUGUAAUAUGUGGUUAUCUCACCUAGCUAGAAUCCUUAGUUGCUACAUCCAUAUUUGGACUUAUAAAUUAAUGAUAUAUACCCAUUGAUCCUUGAAGAAUAUAACUUCUAAAUGCCUCAUGGGCUUAGUUCAACUGUCGUAACCCAUCAGAACCCAAAAAAUUAGCUUUUUUUACUCCAUUGUUUGUAAACAAUGUAAAUGUAAACAAACACUGUUUAGCUCCAACAUGGUUAAAACUGUAAUUUUGAAAUCAUGGAUGGUCAGUCCUUGCAUCCAUAGCUCUGUCUAGGAAUUUGAGAGUGGUUAAAUUUCUCCAGGCCCAUCCCUCAGCUUUUUACCAAAACAGAGGCGGGGUGUCGCUUUGUUAUUGUUUCCAUUAAGGAUUCUAGCUUUAAGAUGAUUGCACUAACUGUAAGUGGCUCUGGAUAAGAUCGUCUGCUAAAUGACUGUAAUGUAAAUGUAAAUGUGUGGGCAUCGAUGGUGGAAAUGUGGACUUGAUAACAUCUGAGGCCUCUUAAUAUUGUGGAUGUAGUUCAAAUAACUGGGUAUUUACAUUGGCUUAAUCAAACUGUUGUCCAUUCUUCCAAGGGAGCACAGAUAACCCACAGCUUUCCCGAUAUCAAUAGGGCAACAGGCCUGCUAGUAUUUCACCAUUGUUGAAAAGUAGGUCACAAAGAGACAAAAAGGCAGUGUAAGAUUGCAUCCCAAAUGGAACCCUAUUCUCUUGACCCAUUCUGGUCAAAAGUAAUGCACUAGAGCAGGGUUUCCCAAACUCGAUACUGGGGCCCCCCAUGGGUGCACGUUUAGUUUUUUGCCCUAGCACUGCACAGCUGAUUCAAAUAAUCAAAGUUUGAUGAUGAGUUGGUUAUUUGAAUCAGCUGUGUAGUGCUAGGGCAAAAAACUAAACGUGCACCCAGGGGGGGGGGGGGGGGGGGGGGGGGGGGGGGGGGGGGGGGGGGGGCAGGACUGAGUUUGGGAAACCCUGCACUAGAGAAUAAGGUGCUAUUUGGGACGCAUCCUAAUUUUUCCUGGCUCCCCAAUGAAUUUGUUAUUUUCAUGAUGCUUAACAGAUUUAUAUCAUAUGUGGCUUUGUGGCUUAUCAAGGGGGCAGAGAGAGACAAUUGGCUUCACUCUAUAAAUAAACAGUAUUUCAAUCCCUGACCAACAGCGACAAUCCCCCUCAGGAGACUGAAAAGAUUUAUCAUGAGUCCUCAGAUCCUCAAAAAGUUCUACAGCUGCACCAUCAAGAGCAUCCUGAGUUGUUGCAUCACUGCCUAGUAUGGCAACUGCUCGGCUUCCGACCACAAGGCACUACAGAGGGUAGUGCUGGCGGCCCAGUCUAGGUCAGUGUUCUCUCUGCUACCGCACGGCAAGCGGUACCGGAGCGCCAAGUCUAGGUCCAAAAGGCUUCUUAACAGCUUCUACCCCCAAGCAAUAAGACUCCUGAACAUCUAAUCAAAUGGCUACCCCGUCUUUUUCGCUGCUGCUACUCUCUGUUUAUUAUCUAUGCAUAGUCACUUUAAUAACUCUACCUACAUGUACAUAUUACCUCAAUUACCUCGACUAACCUGUGCCACCGCACAUUGACUCUGUACCGGUACCCCCUGUAUAUAGCCUCGCUAUUGUUAUUUUACUGCUGCUCUUUAAUUAUUUUUUUGUUAUCUAUUUUUUACUUAACACUUAUUUUUCUUAAAACUGCAUUGUUGGUUAAGGGCUUGUAAGUAAGCAUUUAACUGUAAAGUCUACACCUGUUGUAUUCGGCGCAUGUGAACAUUUUGAUUUGAUUUGAUUUGACAAACAAACCUAUGCUGAACUAAACUGUGGCAUUCAGGCUUUUACCAAGGCCUACACAAGGAAAAGCCCAAUGAUCCUUUUGCAUUUAGGCCCUGGACAUAAACGCAAGCUAAAUAGAGGGGAUCGAGAGAACAUUGCUGUUGUUGUUUUUUCCUUGGGUGCUUUCAUUAGUAUAACUAACUUGGCAGAGAUACGCAGGCCUAAUACUGUGAGAGAGAGAAGUGGUCCCCUCCAUAUUAGUCUUUUAUCAGGUUCAAUCUGUGGUUCAUUAAUUCUCUGUGGUGGAAUGGGAUACUCAGGCUAUUUGACUCUCUAAUCAGCCCCAGUGUGUUCCUCUCUGUCUCCGCUGAGAGUGGCUCUCUGGCGGGAGCUAAUGGCAGAGUGUCAGUGAAGAUGGAAGCCAAUAGCCACAGUGGCAGGUAGAUAGGGACGUGGAGAGGCUGACAGACCAUCUUCUCGCCUCCACCAGCUGUCUGUGGACAGAACUCAUCCUCCCAGCAGACUGAAAGAGCUAUUUACAACACUGUGUGUCACCCUAAUGAUUCAUUACACUCCAUAGUGCGGUGAUGGCUGACACCACGCUGAGUGCAGGGGAUGUAACCAGUGCCAUGUACUGUCUAUCAAGGCUAAUCAGAAGUGAAGCUAUGUGAUUGUACAGCUACUAUCUCAUUAUAGUGGUGUCGUUUUACUCCUGAAUGUGUGAUGGUCAUAAUUGGAUUACAAAGAUAAUUGAAGUACAACAAUUUGAGGAAUGAGAGGACCUCAGGAUGGCUCCCCUUCUAUUAUCAGUUAUGUAAUGGCGGCUUUCAGUUCACCUAUUGACUGUCAUAAAAGUGUGUGUACAGUAAAACUAUGUUCAGUAAAUUGACACACAAUUGCGUGUUUUGUCUUGAUAGUGCCUUUGACCCGCCAUCAGCAGGACCUGUACUUCUAGAACCCUAUCUUUGCUGUGGCCAGCCUCUCUGAGGUGCAGCUCCUCAGGGACCCCAGGAAGAAGUACUACAAACUCCACCCCUUAGUGGCUGAAAUAGUGGAUGUAAGUCUGCAGAGAGAUAGUGAAGAAUGUGUAUGGUGUGGGACAGGAGUUUUUUCCUGACUAUGUCACCAGGAAAAAAUUGAGGAGAUUUUCCAUGUCAGGUCACAAGAUCUGGAAAAACUCCUGGGCCUAACAAUGUGGUUUGCGUUGGUUGUUUACUUUCACAGUGACGGUCUCCUUUUUUUCAGUCAUGCCUACAGAUCGAUCCUGCUGACAGGGCUAUGUGCUCCAUGUUGCUCAUUCACCGAUGCUUCUCCAAAGACGGGUUCCCUGAAAGGUGAGUCAGGGCAACCUUGCAUGUUGAGUGUACUUGGAGAAGCAAUUAGCCUCUGAGAGAGUGGAGAGAGACGUUUGACCUACAUUCUGACCUGCUUACAUACAAGAUGGGAAUGUGGUACUAUAUUGUCACAGUGUCAUAAUCUGGCCACACACAUGUUGAUUUGCCUUGUGUUUCUAGCCUUGAACCUUCCUUGAAAUUGUUUAACGUUUAUGAGAUACUGUGAAGUAGUUGUAAUAAUGUCAUGAUGAACUGCCAUUGACCUGAAUGACUGCUGGUUCCUGCUCCAGAUUCAAACCAGAGAUACAGGCGUUGAUAUUGAAAGAUGCCGAGGUCAAUAGCAUGCACAGGAUCCACAGUGGCUUGUGGGAGGCACCAGAGGAGCAGGGAGCAGUAGUCCCAUGCUCAUGUAACAGAAAACCAGUGAAG